AAAUUUUUUGAUGUUUUCCUUUCCUUUCCUUUAGAUAAUGGUGGUGUUCUUCAAGUAGAGCGUUAUUAUUCAACUUCUCUUCAUGGCGUAAUUUACAAGAAAACGCCAUACAAAAUACAUGUUUUUUAUGUUGGCCACGGUGAACUUGUUUUAAUGGUAUUUGAUAUCAAAACUCUAACAUCAAUUAUUAUUAUAAAUGGCCAUCAGAACAAAAUUGCUGCUGUGCGAUUCAGUUGGGAUGGCAAAAAACUCGCAACUGCUUCCAUUAAAGGCACUGUAAUUCGAGUAUUUGACACAUUCUCUGGUGUUAAAUUAUUCGAAUUCGUUAGGGGAUUUCAGAGAUCUGCUAAAGUUGGUACUCUCGCAUUUAGUGAGGACUCGCUUUAUCUAGCGUUGAUUAGUGAUACGCCUACUGUUCAUGUUUUUAAACUUGAAAAGAAUGCAACAUGUGGAUGGAUUGAUUAUCUUUCUCGAACAGCACUAAGUUAUUUGCCUACUCAAGUAAAUGAGGUUUUCGCACGUGAGAAGAGUUUUGCAGUUGCGAGAAUACCAAGCAGUCGUCCAAGUACUGCAGUUGCAAUGCCACUAAUUGACGGACAGCACUAUCUUUUCGUUUUAAGUUCUUAUGGAGAUUUAUAUUGUUAUACCGUGAAAGGACAAGGAGGAGAGUUGUCUUUGUUAAAAAGCUAUUUGGUUUGUUUCAUUCAAUUCGUUUUCGUUUAA